CCAAAUUCGACUACCGCACGCCACAAGGAGGUCGGCAAGGGAGAUCUGCAGGUCCUGGGACCCAUUUCAGCGAUUUGAUGACAUGACUCAAGAUAGCAAUUCCCGUUUCUCAGCAGUCGCGGGAAAAAUCAUGCCUCUUUCUUAUCUCUCACUGCCCUUUGCGGCUUCAGUCCACGGGUCCGAUGGGCUUUUGGGUCCUCACUACGUCACAGACCCAGUCGCCUGCUCCCCCUCCCCCUUUGCGAUGCUCGAGCUGGGCGAUGGGUGCUCAAGCGGUGCCCGAGACGGUGAAGCGUCAUCACGUCGUCCUGACCAAUGCACCGAAAGGUCGGCUCAUGUGUACUCCAGCUGGUGUUGACCGGGACGAUCUCGCGGCUUGAGGCCAGUCAGCCCUAAGUGGUGGUGCGUGUUGGAUGCAGCUCACUCAGCAUGUCGUUCUCAGGGUGGACCAGGCCCAACCAUGCACACCAAGUGGAUGUUGACAAGAGAUUCACCAAUGCGAGCACCAAUGCGAGCACUUCUGUUCUAUUGCCGUCAUUCACUUCCUUUCCCUUGCCAUAGUGGGCGGGGUGGAUCAUGUCACCCAUUCAUUGGCCCGCCCGAAGUGAACCUUGGGAGUGUUUUCCUACGUUUUCCUACCAGGCCGACUGUUUGUUGUAUAAGAUGAAAAGCACCCCCGUGCGUUUGUACAUGCCUCUCCUUCGUCACUUUCUUUUGUCGGUCCUGAGCUGUCGCCAAUCUGCUUCGUCCUGCCUUGAGUGAGCAUCCUCAAUCUACUUAGGUAACUCAAGACCCUCGACGACUCUCAAGAUGCGCUUCUUCUCAGCAGCAGUCUCGGCGCUGCUGGCCGUCAGCCAAGUCGUCGCCGCAGUCUCAAUCAAGGUCCCCACGGCGAACCUGGCAGAGCGUCACGCGACAAUCGCGCCCAAAUUCUUCAUCAUCAGCAUGUUCACGCCCGAGGCGGAUAUCUGGUAUGAGAAGCUCCCCACCAGCGGCCUGGGCGACCUUCUCGCAGUCAACAUCAGCACCCCAGGCCUCUCCAUGCUCUUCCCUCACGUCCACUGCACCGAGGACCUUCAGAUAUGCCAGGUCACCACGGGCGAAUCCGAGAUCAACGCGGCCGCGACCAUGAUGGCUGUCGUGCUGUCCGACAGGUUCGACCUCACCUUGACCUACUUCAUGGUUGGCGGCAUCGCAGGCGUCAACCCGGCGUGGUCCACCCUGGGCGGCGUCGCCCUCUCCCGCUACGCCGUCCAGGUCGCCCUGCAGUACGAGUUCGACGCCCGCGAGAUGCCCGCCAACUUCACCACCGGCUACGUGGGCUACGGCACCCUGCAGCCCGACGUCAUGCCCGAGACCUGGUACGGCACCGAGGUCUUCGAGGUCAACGAGGACCUGCGCCAGGCCGCGUACGAGCUCGCGUCCAGGGCGAAGCUCAGCGACACCGACGUCGCCGCCGAGUACCGCAGCCGCUACGCCGCGUCCGGCGAGGCCCACGCCGCAGCCACACUGGCGCCCAGUGUCGUGCUGUGCGACAGCGCGACCAGCGACGUCUACUACAGCGGCGCGCUGCUGGCCGAGGCGUUUGAUAACACCACGACGCUCUGGACCAACGGCUCGGGCCACUACUGCAUGACCGCCCAGGAGGACAACGCCACCCUCGAGGUGCUGCUGCGGAUGGCCAUCGAGGGCCUCGUCGACUUCGGGCGCAUCAUCCUCAUGCGCACGGGGUCCGACUUUGACAGGCCCCCGCCUGGGGUCUCGGCCUACGAGCACCUGCUCAUCAACGACCAGAACGGCUUCGCCAUCGCUGUCGAGAACAUCUACCUCGCUGGCGUUGAGAUCGUCAAGGGCGUCCUCAGCGAGUGGGACUGCACCUACAAGGACGGUGUUCAGCCUUCGAACUACAUCGGGGAUGUGUUUGGCUCUCUCGGGGGCGAGCCUGACUUCGGGACGGGGAGUAUCACGCAGGGCUUGGGAGUGCUGGCUGAGGGCAGGACGGGAGACCUGAAGGCGAGGGACGUCGGCGCGGUCCGAGGUGCCGUCAGCAGGAGGGGUGCGGCCCUCAGGAGGGGUAAGGAUGUACGCCGACGCAAGGGUGUGCCUUUUAUGAGGCCAUAAGCUUCCAAAUGGGUGGGGG